GCGCGUCUCUGCGUUACGUCUCAGUCAAAGAGCAGUAAAUGGAGUCAAGCGGUCACGACACGAAACUAUUAAUAACGAAUAAAGUUUUAGUUAUGUGCAGCAGAAGUUUAAUCAGUAAGGCAUAUUUGUAGUGUAAUAAGGUUAUUACAUACCGUGGAUGUAGCUGGCUAAGUGUGCAGCGAGGGUUCGUUUCGGUGUCUUCUCGUCCUCGUUAAGGCCUUUCUAGCUUCAGCUGCUGUGUAACGUUUGUUCAGCUGACGUUUUUAGAAAUCCAGCGAUUCACCUGUGCAUUUGGACGUCUGAGCACAUAAAGCGACAUGACAGACGAGAGUGCCGUUGUAAUGCAACAGAUUUUAGACAGGAGUUGCUGGGUGUGUUUUGCCACAGAUGAGGACGAUCGUACAGCUGAGUGGGUUCGACCGUGCCGAUGCCGUGGCUCCACUAAGUGGGUGCACCAGGCCUGCCUGCAGCGCUGGGUGGACGAGAAGCAGCGGGGCAACAGCACAGCCCGUGUAGCCUGUCCUCAGUGCAAUGCAGAGUACCUCAUCGUCUUCCCCAAGCUUGGGCCGGUGGUGUAUGUGCUAGAUCUGGCAGAUAGACUCAUCUCCAAGGCCUGUCCAUUUGCUGCAGCUGGAAUCAUGGUGGGAUCCAUUUACUGGACCGCAGUCACAUAUGGAGCCGUCACUGUUAUGCAGGUGGUGGGCCAUAAGGAGGGCUUGGAUGUGAUGGAGAGGGCUGACCCUCUGUUUCUACUCAUCGGCCUGCCCACUAUCCCCGUCAUGCUAAUUCUAGGCAAGAUGAUUCGCUGGGAGGAUUACGUGCUCCGCCUCUGGAGGAAGUAUUCCAACAAGCUGCAGAUCCUCAACAGCAUCUUCCCAGGUAUUGGUUGUCCGGUGCCCAGAAUCCCUGCUGAGGCGAGUCCACUGGCUGAUCACGUGUCAGCUACUCGUAUCCUGUGUGGAGCCCUGGUGUUUCCCACCAUCGCCACUAUUGUGGGCAAGCUCAUGUUCAGUAGUGUCAACUCAAACCUGCAAAGGACCAUCCUGGGUGGAAUUGCAUUUGUGGCCAUUAAAGGGGCAUUUAAGGUGUACUUCAAGCAGCAGCAGUAUCUCCGACAAGCCCAUCGCAAGAUCCUCAACUUUCCAGAGCAGGAGGAGGCCUGAGUGGGGCAGAAAGAGCGACCACGCCCCUUACAGACUGAGAAAUCACCAAUACCUCCAUGCCACCUGCACCAUUUCCUCUGUGUGCUUGUGUGCUGCAGAGUCAAUACCGCUCGCUGCUGCUGGGAUCAGCUCUAUCCUGGUGACCAUGAUUUGGAUUUUAUAGCGUAUGCAAUUGAGGCUAGAGGAGUGGGCAGAGGUUGACAAGUGUUGCACCACACAUCAACAGUGCACCUAGUGGUUCACAAAAGCUGUUCAUUUUUGUCCCUCUCUCUAAGAAUGUGAUCUUUCUUUUCCUCUCAUCUGUUUGGUUGGAGAUCUAGGCUCAUUCUCUCCAGUUAUGUAGGUAAUCAGAACUGAGAGAGGUUCCUUCUUUUCUGUAUUUUAUAGGUUGUGAUAUUUUAAAUUGAGUGGAAUGUGUAAUUAAGAGUUUUAUGUGAAUAAAUGAUCCUUUUAUGUUACUCUGACAGUGAGAUGGAUUAGAAACGUCCUCAUCCACAUAGGUGACAUGGCUUUGACUGGUGCUUGGGUUGUAUUAAUGAAUCAGUGACUCUGCUGUGUAAUUGUACAAUUCUAGAAGCAUUUAUUCAUAACCCCCCUAUAGUGUUUAUUCUCUUUAAAUCUUAGAACAUCGGGCUGUUGCUGGACACAGAUGAAGCUGAUAUACACAAACAUUGAUGAAUUUAACACUAAAAUGAAUUGUAGCCUGUGAACAGUACUGAUGUCUGUCCAGAAACUCUAUCCCAGUUCUUGAGAGCAGGAGCUUAGCUGUGGAAAGCUAACAGUCAGAAACUGUAUGACAGCCAUGACUAAUGCAAAAUAUUUUGCCUUCUGACUUAAUGAUUAGACUUGAAAAGGCUCUGUGUAAUCAUAUUGAUUAUAAAUUGCAUUUGACAUCACUAAUCAACACGUGCAUAGACUUUUAAGACGCUUAAGGCUGGUGGUGAUUUUUCCGUCCACUAAAGUAGUUGUCCUUUGCUCUGUCAUUACAAAAUCGGAAGAAUACCCCAAAAACACACUUAUUAUUGUUAUUAUUUUACUACUGUGCUAUUUGAGUCAGAAAUUUCAACUGUGUUACUUAGAAGUAACAGCUUAAGGCCAGCACUAACAUUUCAGGAUCUCUUCUAGCAUGAUCUAAGAAUAAAGAGGUCCCUGAGAACCACUCAGCAUAAUGCUGUUAAGAUUGCUCUCUCAUUGCAUCACCAUGUGAGGGAAAUGAUUUAAAAUCAAAAUCAUUUGAAGCAGAGGCCUCAGAUGUACGGACAGUGUUCUACGACUGUCCUAACCUCCUAACCAUGUUUCAUGACAUUGUCUAUACUGAACUGGAAGCAUUAGUAAUCUUUCUCCAUCAUACCCCUGAGAUUGCUCGUCUUUUUUUGUUUUUUUUUUUAAACGCAAUGAAGCGGGCGUUGCUGAACUCUUGGAGAACGUGGCCUACAUUGAUUAUGCUGAAAGCUUUGAAAGCAGCCUGACAAUGGUGAACAUGCCAAAUGUGCCGAUUGAGUCGAGUGGAUGGAUUCAAGCGAUGAUUUCUGGAUUGUUCCAUGCGAUCACUACUAACCUUUGUGCAUCUGUGACUGCCGGUUUGUACAUGAUAUGAUCAUAACAGAGGAAAGCGAGAACCAUCAGUGUAUUACUUUGUAAAAAUAGCAUGCCAAUAACAGACCACUGCAAUAUGUGGAGAUGGAAAAUAAGCCUACUGAACAUAGAAGGGGACAAGUUAUAUCAGCCGUUAGUAACCGGUUUGUUACUUUGACUUUAUUCUUAGAGCAUCCAACUCUGAAUAUAACUAAUACCCCACAAAAUGCUGUAUAUAUAAUAGACAAAAUUUGAUGUAACUACUCUUUACCCAACUCAUUGCCAUCCAAUAGACUAAUAUAUUCCAAAGUGUGUCUAAUAAGAUCUUUGAAUAUUCUAGGUAAACGGCUCACGUCUUCAAACAGUAAUGCCAAACACAAAAAGAUUGAUGUAUAAAUGUAUGCAUUGUAUAUACAGAUAUGUCUGAAUUUACAGUUAUGGUUGAUUUGUGAAUAAAUGUAUUUUUCCAAUGCUUGA